AUGUUCAUCAAAGUCCUAUUGCUGAAUUUUUCUGUUAGUCUUUUUCUAAUAAUUCCAACAACAUGGAGUUAUACAGAAAAUGGUUGGCUAACAUCUUAUGUUACUGGAAUGAUUUUGAAAAAUCUGGAAUCUUAUCAGAAAAUUGCUGAACAUACAUCAUUGCCCGAAUAUUAUAUGUCAAUUGCUGAACAUUCACCCAUAGGCUGUAAUGUUGGUCAAUUACCUCGAGCACAAGAUGAUGAAAAUAUCGAUUAUAGAAUUAUAUAUGGCAAUGAACAUGAAAUGUUUGAUAUUGAUAAUGGAACAAAUAUUUUACGAUUUAUUGAUGGAGAAUUGGAUCGAGACAAGCGUGAACACUAUAAAUUGAUAAUUCACGCAAAAAAUACCGAACGUCCAGAUUGGACUGGGGCUAAUGACCUUUUUAAAGUGAUUGUUAUGGUAACUGAUAUUGAAGAGCAAGAGCCAGUUUUUGAUAUUGAAGAAUAUGUUACUGUUGUACCACGAAAUAGUGAAAUUGGUGAACCAUUUCUUCGAUUAAAUUCGAGAGACAAUGGUAUUGAUGAAGAAUAUCGGCAUGAAUACAUCAUUGAUUCUAUUGAACGUAUCCAACCGUCCGAUUUUUCAUCGUCUCCGAUCAAAACAUCUUGUUGUUUUGACAUAACAAAUGAUGGUCGUUUAAUCGUCACUGAACAUCUUCAAUGGCUACCACAUGGAACAAUAUUUUUACUGAACGUUGUUGCUUUACCACGUAACGAAAUGCAAACACCAGCUCGUACGAAAGUCUUUGUUUAUCUUGCUGAAAUAAAUGAUCAAAUUUAUGUUAAUAUUCGCUUACCACAGUCAAAAUUAGAAAAUGAUUUAGAACAACAGUCAUCUACAGAAAAUCUUUGGACACGAGUAGAAGAUACAACAAAUACAACCAUUAUUGUUAAUAAUUUAUUACCUUAUUAUGAUCAUGAUAAUGGACGAAUGGAUCAUGAUCAAACAAGAGCGAACAUCUAUAUGAUCGAUCGUCGAACAAAUAUGUUAUUAGAUAAUUUACAAGCACAUAAUUUGUUAAUAAAAUAUAGAGAUGAUUUACCUUAUUUUUAUCCAAUAACAGAAGAAGAAACACAGCAUCUAUUGAUACAAGAGCUACCAAAAACUACGACGACAUCAUCGCAUUGGUUUUCUUUUACUUUAAUUAUUUUAUCAAUACUUACUGGUCUAUGUUUCAUUUUCAUCUUACUCUGGCAUUGUUGUCUACGACCUGGUACACAUUGUAAAUAUAUCUCAUCAAAACCACGACUAUUUGGAUUUGAAAAAUUGACAGAAAAUUCGAGUCCACUAUUUGAUAAUACUCAUAAAGUGCCAAUUCCAGAAUCACCACCAUUCCCAGUUUCAAACCGAGCAAAAAAGUCACUACGAACAUUACCAUCACUUAUAGCCAAUGCAUUAUCAUCAACACGUGAAGAAACUGAACCGUUACUUAGUGACGUUUCAACUGAUCUUCUUACAGAACACAAAUUGGUCAACGAGCAAACUAUUCCAAGACAAUCGAAGACACAUGACGGAACAAUGUCGACAACGCGUCCUACAGGAGAUGAAGGUGUUGUUGAAAAUGGACAAAACAAAGAAAAUGAAGCAAAAGAUAUAUUCAUACACGAGAAUUGA